UUGCAAGAAAACGUAGAUCGAAUGGCAGAAGACAUCUAUACGAACGAUGGAACGGUUGACAUCAACAACGAACGUGCUAUCAAGAAGAAAACUGGAAACUGGAAAGCUUGCCCAUUCAUUCUUGGCAAUGAAUGUUGUGAGAGGUUGGCAUACUAUGGAAUGAGUACCAAUUUAGUGAACUAUCUCCAAGAUCGUCUUAACCAAGGAACCGUACGUGCAUCUACCACUGUUACGAAUUGGCAAGGAACGUGCUACGUCACACCGUUGCUAGGGGCUUUCUUAGCCGAUGCAUACUUGGGACGAUACUGGACGAUUGCUGGUUUCUCCAUCAUCUACUUCUUUGGAAUGACACUCUUAACACUAUCAGCUUCCGUGAAGGGACUAAAGCCGACCUGCGACCCCGGUGGUUGCCACCCAACAUCGACUCAAACUGCAUUCACCUUUGUAGCUCUCUACUUGAUUGCCUUAGGAACUGGUGGCAUCAAACCAUGUGUUUCAUCUUUCGGGGCUGAUCAAUUCGAUGAAACCGAUAAAUCCGAGAGAAAAAGGAAGAGUUCGUUCUUCAAUUGGUUCUAUCUUUCCAUCAACGUAGGUGCGCUUUUUGCAUCAUCGAUAUUGGUUUGGAUUCAAAUGAAUGUAGGCUGGGGAUGGGGGUUUGGUGUCCCAGCCGUGGCCAUGGCUCUAGCCGUUGCCUUUUUCUUCUCCGGGAGUCGUUUGUAUCGGCUUCAAAAACCUUCGGGAAGUCCUAUAGUUAGGCUUUGUCAAGUAAUAGUUGCAUCACUGCGAAAGUUUAAUGUCAAAGUCCCCAAUGAUAAGUCCCUUCUUUACGAGACUUCUGAUGCAGAAAGCCAGAUCGUUGGAAGCCGCAAGCUUGAGCACACCGAUAAAUUCAGGUUUUUUGACAAGGCUGCAGUGGAGACAGGUUUGGAGGAUACCAAGAACUUCAGCAAUCACUGGAGACUAUGCACAGUGACACAAGUCGAAGAGCUGAAAUCGAUCAUCAGAAUCCUCCCCAUUUGGGCAUCUGGGAUCGUAUUUGCUGCAGUUUACAGCCAAAUGAGCACCAUGUUCGUCCUCCAAGGAAACACCAUGGACCAACACAUUGGACCCAACUUCAAGAUUCCAUCUGCUUCUCUUUCGCUUUUCGACACCCUUAGUGUCAUCUUCUGGGCUCCAGUCUACGAACGUGUCAUCAUCCCUACCGCCAGAAAGUACACCCGCCAUGAACGAGGCUUCACACAGCUCCAACGAAUGGGCAUCGGCCUCGGGAUCUCCCUAUUUGCCAUGAUCGCCGCCGGAACUUUGGAGGUGAUUCGACUAAACUACGUCCGGCAGCACAACCUGUAUGAAGUUGAAACAAUCCCGAUGACUAUCUUCUGGCAAGUUCCUCAGUAUUUCUUGAUUGGGUGUGCUGAGGUGUUUACGUUCAUUGGGCAACUGGAGUUUUUUUACGAUCAGGCGCCAGACGCAAUGAGGAGCUUGUGUGCGGCGCUGUCGCUGACGACGGUGGCUCUGGGGAACUACUUGAGCACGGUGCUGGUGACAGUGGUGGCGAAGGUGACGACGAAGAACGGAAAGAUGGGGUGGAUACCGGAUAAUUUGAACAAAGGGCAUCUGGAUUAUUUCUACUGGCUUUUAGCAGUUCUGAGCUUGUUGAAUAUGAUGGUUUAUGUGGCGAUUGCAAAGUGGUACACUUACAAGAAGGUUAGUGGGUUCCCAAAUCGAGGGUGA